CGUGAUCCCCGAUAGGCAGCCCGGAUAUGGCGGAGCUGGAGCCCUCCGCUCUGCACAAUGAUAGCACCGAUGUGCCCGGCAACGGUACGGCCAAACUGCUCAGCUCUCCGGAGGGCACCGCGCUGGCCUAUGGCAGCCUGCUGGGAAUGGCAUUGCUGCCCAUCUUCUUCGGGGCUAUAAGGAGUGUGAACUGUGCCCGGGGCAAGAAUUCCUCCGACAUGCCGGAGACGAUAACCAGCCGGGACGCGGCUCGGUUUCCUAUUAUCGCCAGUUGUACACUCUUCGGGCUUUACAUCUUCUUUAAGCUCUUCUCCCAAGAGUAUAUAAAUCUGCUUCUGUCCAUGUAUUUCUUUAUCCUGGGAGUCCUGGCCCUGGCACACACAAUCAGCCCGGCCAUUAACAGGAUCGUCCCAGAAAACUUUCCCAACAAACAGUAUCAGCUGCUGUUCACUCAGGGCUCCGGGGACAGCAAGGAAGACAUCUUAAAUUAUGAAUUUGAUUCCCGGGAUAUGGUGUGCCUCGUCAUCAGUGGUGUGGUUGGGGUCUGGUACCUCCUGAAGAAGCACUGGAUUGCCAAUAACCUUUUCGGUUUGGCGUUUGCCCUCAACGGCGUGGAGCUGCUUCAUCUGAACAACGUCAGCACUGGCUGCAUUCUGCUGGGCGGUCUUUUUGUCUAUGAUGUCUUUUGGGUAUUUGGGACCAAUGUCAUGGUAACGGUGGCUAAAUCCUUCGAGGCACCAAUAAAAUUGGUCUUUCCACAGGACUUGCUGGAAAGGGGACUUGAAGCCAAUAAUUUUGCCAUGUUGGGACUUGGUGACAUCGUCAUUCCAGGGAUCUUCAUUGCCUUGCUGCUGCGUUUUGACACCAGCCUAAAGAAGAACUCCCACACGUACUUCUACACCAGCUUUUUGGCGUACAUCUUUGGUCUGGCGCUCACCAUCUUUGUCAUGCACACCUUCAAACAUGCUCAGCCGGCCUUGCUGUACCUGGUCCCGGCCUGCAUCGGUUUCCCUCUGCUGGUAGCACUGGUGAAAGGAGAGCUGACAGAGAUGUUCAGCUAUGAGUCCUCUGCGGAACAUCUACCUCACACUCCUCGCCUCUCUCACUUUCCGGUGGUCUCUGGAUCUCCCUCCAGCCUGGCUGAAUCCAUGCAACCAAAGUCCUUUUCCCCCCGCCGCAGGCGGCAGAUGAACCCCAGCUCUAUGUGAAGGGCCCCCAUUCAUAUCUGCCUUCGGACAGGCGCAGCCCUAACCUUCCCCCUUUCAGCCAACACCCCUGCGCAGCCUCAUCUGC